AUGAUCGGCUUCGUUGGUUCUGUUAGCUCUCUCGGCGCUCGUGUUUCAUCCUUCACAGCAAGCUGUAGUGCAAGCAACAGCUGCUCGGUCGUAGCUGCUCCCCGACGGGCGUUCGACCUCCGCGCGGCUGAGGAGAAGCCACAAACCAGCAGUUCGAGUGCAGCGGGAUCGUCUUCUGCUUCGAGUAGUGGCGCGGGAUCAUCGGAGCGUGCGGCGCCAUCAGCAGUGUCGUCACCCCCUGCGGCGGCGACGUCCACGCAAAGCGGGGCAGCGAAGAUGCCCACGAUGACUGCACUGAAGACGGCAGCAAAUAGGAAGUUGGGUGAGGUUACACAGGCUCGCUUGCGCAAGGUCGGAGACUCCGUCACCCCAAGUUAUCGCCAGAUCGAUAGCUUCCGUGUUCCAGCGUAUCCGAUACCCGGGAAAGAUGACGAAGUGUCUCGCCGCACGGAGCGUAUGUACAUGAUCCUGCGCCAGAUCUUUGGAUACGGUCACCUCUUCGAGCGAGACGGUGAGGAAAUGGAUAAGCUCCAGAGUUGCUAUAUCAAUGGUGAGCUGAGCACGAAGGAUUUCGUGAGAGCCGUCGCCAAGUCGGAAACAUACAAGGAAAAGUUUUGGAACAACCGGCCGCCGUUCGGACGCUACGGCGCGGUGGAGCUCGCCUACAAGCAUCUGCUUGGCCGCCGCACCUUCGACGCGAAGGAGAACGCAGCUGCGCAAGCGGUGUACCACGCACACGGCUACGACGCAAUGAUCGAUUAUAUUAUCGACAACGAGUAUGAUCGGGCGUUUCCGUUCCGCAACGACGGCAGCGACAACGUGCCGCACUGGCGUGAACCAGCUUGGUUCAUGGGACGCCGCCCCGAACCCCAGGCACUACGUGGCGGUCUCGAGCGCGCGAUGAGCGGUGCCCGUGGUGCGAUGCUCUACCAGUACCGCGUCCGCCUCGGCUCCCAGAAUAUGGGCGUUGUGGCUGGAGGCUGUCCGCCGCCCGUGAACCUCAAGAACAAGACCGACGAGCCGGUGUUCCGUGUGGUCACGGCCGGGUAUCGCGAGCCGGCAGUGAACAGCGGCGGGCUGGGCUACUCCGUGGGCAGGUCCUACACGCGCCAGAACAAGUACAGCACCGUGGCGCGCUCACAGCGCACGUAUCUAGUGCCACUGAGCGAGCUGAACAACACCAUCACUCGCAUUCACCGCUCGGGAGGCUACAUCCGCACAGUGGAGCGAGCGUAA